AUGAGAACGAGUACCAUCGUCGCCGCAUCGGCUGGUACCUUUGUAACUGCUCUCGUCGCCUAUGCCAUCUACUUUGACUACAAAAGACAAUCAGACCCCGAGUUUCGACGUGCGCUGAAGCGAGAUAAUCGAAGAAUAGCCAGAGCCGUGCGCCAGGAAUCGCAGGCCGAGGGCGUGAAGCAAAAGGAAGCCAUCAAAAAGGCACUCCAGGAGGCAAAGGAAGAGGGCUUCCCCACCGAUAUCGAGGAGAAAGAAGGCUACUUUAUGAGCCAGGUAGCCAGUGGUGAAGCUCUAUGCGCAGAUGGCACAAGGAACGUCGAAGCCGCCCUCGCUUUCUACAAGGCACUCAAGGUAUACCCGCAGCCAAAGGACUUAAUCGCCAUCUACGACCGCACGGUGCCAAAGGAUGUUAUCGAGAUUUUGGCCGAAAUGAUUGCCAUGGACUCGUCGUUGAAACUGGGCUCCUUCACCAGCGACAUCGGGAUGGAUAGCCACAGCGUCGAGUAA